AUGGCCACAAGCAUCAAGCAAAUUGCUGCACAUAAACGCUGGGUCCUCUCAGGCAGGCCGGCCUUGGCUAACUUCUUUGACGUCGAUCGAUUGACGUCCUUCCUCGGCAUCAGACUUGGUCGGUGUUUCUGUGGCGACAGUACGGUCAAGUCUUUCAGCGGAAAGGCAUCGGAACUUGACCAGACAGACGUUGAGAGUUUCUUGUCGCAAACCGAAGUUAUACAGGAUGAAGCCGACGCCCGGUAUAUUCAAUGCUCUGAAAAGCUUGUGUCGGUGGAGCUGGAUGCCGCACAACAUGCUGUUUACCUAGAACUGUCACAAUACCUCAUCUCUCAAAGGAUACAGAUCAAGAAGCUAAACAAGAAAUCGGGCCCGGAUAGGAGCAGUCGAUUGAACGAUAGCCUAGAACACUCUGCAAGUGCCGAAGAAGCGCUGUUAAGGUGUGCUUUGCUCUUCGAGACUGAAGAGGGCAAAUCAGCGCUCGAGCUCUUGAUCGAAAAAAGAUCGCAGCAAUUACGCAACAGGAAGAAUGAACUGUUGAGACUGCUCUCUGACUUUGAGGGCUUGGUGAAGAAGACCCAGAAUACUUAG